AUGUCAGUUCCUUUGACCAACGGAACGACCUCAUUUUGGAGGACUGAGCCGGAUGAGCUUGACAGCUUUCGCUCGAGCGAGACGCUCCCAGAUUCCUGUGACAUCGUCGUUAUCGGUGCAGGAUAUGCUGGUUCAUCGGUGGUUCACCAUAUCCUCCAGGGGUGCAGUGACAAAGCCACGCCGUCAAUAUUGAUCUUGGAAGCACGGCAAGCAUGCUCUGGGGCUACUGGACGAAACGGUGGUCAUAUGAAGCCAGAUCCAUAUAACUCCAUCAGCAGAUUAGCUGCUGAGCAUGGCAUCGAAGCCGCUCGCGAGGUCGCAGAAUUUGAGGCCAGCCAUGUGACUACCAUCAAGGACGUGGUAGACCGCGAAGGCAUCGAAUGCGAAUAUGUUGUCACCAACGCGAUAGAUGUGCAACUCAACGCCGAUCACUGCAAAACCAUGAAGGCUAACUACGACCACCUCGUUCACGAAGGCUGCCGACCAACUCAGGAUACUGAGUUCGUGGCAAAACCCGGUGCUGAGCAGCGCUCUGGCGUUAUUGGGGCGGAAGGGUGUUUCAUCUAUCCUGCCGGGCAUAUGUGGCCCUAUAAGUUCGUCUUGCACCUCCUAAGACGGGCUCUGGCCAGCGGUCAUGUCACGCUCCAUACUCAUACUCCCGUUGUGAAUGUGGAAAGAAGUACGAAGAGCUACAGCUCCCACUCAUGGAUUGUCAAUACGCCACGUGGACGAGUAGCUGCUCGGAAAGUGGUUUACGCUACGAACGGCUACACACCAUCGCUACUGCCCCAGUACAGAGACGCCAUAGUCCCAGUCCGAGGGACCUGUAGCCGAAUUGUUGUGCCAAAGAACUCCGGCGCUCCCCGGCUCACCAGUACCUACACUAUCCGAUGGAAUACUUGGGACUACGACUAUCUGGUACCGCGUGAGGACGGCAGCAUUGUCGUGGGAGGAGCACGAUCCUCAUUUGUGCACCGACUAGGAGAUUGGUAUAAUGUCACUGACGAUGGGCAAGUACUGGAAUCUGCUGCCAAGUAUUUCGACGGUUACAUGCAGAGGACAUUCAGUGGCUGGGAGGACAGUGGCGCCUACACUGACCGUGUUUGGACUGGCAUAAUGGGAUACUCCAUGGACGGUUUGCCUCAUGUCGGUGCAGUGCCAGGUACUCAGGGCAAAUUCAUUAUGGCUGGAUUCACAGGCCACGGGAUGCCCCAGAUAUUUCUAUCUGCUGCUGGCUUGGCCCAGAUGGUAUUGAAUGAUAUCUCAUUUGAACAGACCAAAUUACCACGAUUAUUCAAAGCAAGGGCAGAAAGACUAUUUCGACGGGAGGAAAACAGACAUCUAGAUGCCUUGAACCUCACCUCGCGUGAGUCUGAAACUCGAGCACGUCUCUAG